CGAACACCUAGCAGAAGGAGGUGGGUGGGGUCUGAUGUGGCUCUCACCUGGAGCUGUCUGGGAGGAUAUGCAAAUCCGGGGCCACCGGAGAGAGUAGAAAGGCUGGAUUGGCUGAGGUUGAGGAGGUUGGUUUGGGCAGCUGCCUGCCUGGAAGCCUUGAUCAGAUUUGAGCCGGGCUGUCAGUCCUUCGGAUCACAGACAGUAGAUUGAGAAAUUUACCAGUUUCGGGAAGAUCAGGCUGCUGAGAUUUUUCUCACCCUGUACUAAAGCUAUCCCCAGCCAGUCAGACCGGGAACUUACUGUCUGUACUGUUGUCCAGGAUGAGUUUUCCUGCUAAAACUCGAUGCCUCCUAGACUCUUAAGGGGCCUGUUUAUAUUGAUUUCAUUUUGAAUGUCAGCCAUCAAGUGGGACAAAGAAAUCACAUUCUAAGAUGGCAGACGGAUUCUCUCAGGUUGGAAAGGAAAACGGCAGUGAGCAGGCGCGAAGAGGCCAAGUCUCUGGUCCAUGCUCACAGUUCCAGAGAAGUUUCAUCCAGAGAGUAACAUUGCUGGGAAAGCUGCCUACCAGUUUUGUCCUCCAUCGUGAAAAGAAGCAGAAGGUUGCUGCUAUCCUGGGGACAGACCAAGAGGCCAUGAAGUCUCUUCCAGAGGGAGACUUACAAGAUUACCUGCUGAGUAAGGUGGACCUGAGGCGCCAGCAGGUUUCUCAGAGUGUGGAGGAGGUGCAGAGAGUUAUCCACUGUCUGACGGCAGAGGUCAGCCACCAGGACAGUCGAUUCCAAGCAGUGCCUGCCUCUGACACGUACAAUGACAGCGUUAAGGUUCUGGCUCCCAGACUGUUCCAGGUCACAGUCCCUCUGAAAGGCCUCUCGGGAUACAAGGGGGCCCGGCCACAGCGCUGGCGGUACUACAACCUGCAAGGCGCCAAGCUCACCUGCCCUCUGCGGGACCCCGAGGGCCUGCAGCAGUGGCUGGAGACAGAGCAGUUCAUGAAGACCCUGUGGCAGUGGCACCAGGCGGACGUGAACAUAGAGGGGGACAUCGUGCCUGCCAAAGUCCUCCAGGUGUUCCGGGCGCUGGUGGAAAACGCAGUGAGAACCUGUCACCUCUCGGGCAAGGUCAGUGUGCUAGCAAACCGAGCUGCCGUUUGGGUUGCCGUGGAAACGUCCACAGGCCAGGUGGAGCUGGAGCUGGUCCCUACUGUGGAGAUCCCCACUGCCUGGUCCGAGAAAGCCCAGUGGCCUAGGUGUCUGAAGCGGUGGCCUUCCCCAGAGAGAGUGGAGUGCAUCAAGUCAUUUGGGUUCAACUUGGUGGCCCGGUCCAGUUAUCACUGGCAGCUGAGUUUCUCCCAGGCAGAACAGGUGCUGUUUGAGCAGUUGGAUGAGGAUGGGGGCUGCCGCAGGCGAUGCUUUCAGGUCCUGAGGCAGCUGAAGGAGGAUGUGUGGUGUCCAGGGCAGAGACCAGUCAUCACCACCCACCACCUGCAGACGGUGCUCUUCUGGACAUGUGAGAAAUACCCACACCUCAAGGACUGGCAGGUCUUCCAUCAAGCGCUCCUCCGCCUGGUCCGGAAGCUGCACAGAUGUGUGAGCCAGCACUUUCUGAAGCACUAUUUCGUCCCAAAGAGCAACCUCCUGCAGUCAGCCAGCCCAAGUGAGCUGGAUGCCGUGGCCCAGAAAGUGGCCUUCUUCCUCAAGAAUCCGCAGGUCACUCUGCCCUGAGGUGGCCCAGGGAGUCCUUGCUCCAUCCCUUUCUGCUGACCUUGUUCCCAGGGUGGUUCCUCUGCCAGCAGCUGGGACCCAAUGCUAAGAGAAGGACCACCAAUGACAGAGAGUAAAGCCGGCCAGUAGCUCACUCAUCAGAGGCGAAUGCUCCUGCCCCAGGUCACGCAAGCAUUUCACCUUCCCUACCUCUCUCGGGGACAGCUCUGGUCCAGCUUCCCCAAGUGACGAUUGUCCUUGCUCAGUUUCUUAUUGUCUGACAAGGGCAUUGGAGAUGGGCAAGGGCGGGCCAGGGAUUUAGCCUGCUGCUGGAGAAUGCUCAGACUGGCUGGACCAGGACCCACACACUGACUGACGGACAGCCCACUCGGUGGCUGGUGUCCUUUCCAGACUCUGUUCUCCAACUCCAAGCAGUGGCCAGCAGUCCAGGCCCUGGAGCUGUUCUGAAGUUCCUCUGUCAACUGUGCGGAGUCAUUGUAAGAGUUAGUGCAGAUCCAAGAGAAGGGUGCAGCUGGGACUCCACCUGUCACCUGACUCCAGUCCCAGCCCUCUCUGCCAUGGUCAAGGCUAGAACUUGCUUCCACUUCGGGAAUAAGCUCCAUGCUUGGCCUUGCAUGGACCACCUUCAUGUCAUUCAUGUCUGGAGGUCUUCCUUAGCUCAAUCAGUUCACUCACUUGUGGACACGUAGGUACUCGCUAGGUACAAAGGACACAGCAAAGAACAAGACAGACUCCCUGGAGAAGACAGGAAGUGAACAGCAGAUGGCUGAACUCAGUCACCACACAGAGAAGGAAGUCUGCUAGAACAAGGUCCCAGAGAGAUCCCGAAGGAGAACGUGUGGACAGCUAAAAGGGGCCACAAUGGCGACCUCAGGCAGGCUGGGGUGGGUAGACAUGGGUCUGUGGCUGUGUAAAGUUGGGGAAAUUGGUAUUAUUGUGUUCUGGGGUCAGAGGUGCAGCGUUUACCUCCAACAGAACACUUGAGAUGACGACUCUGGCAACAGCAUCGGGCAGGACUUUGUGGCCCCUGCACCUCUCCAUUCUGAAGUGCACGGAGGCCCUCAGCAUCACACAUCUGCACCCUGUCUGGGAUUGCAGGGGCUCUCAGAGAGAAUGGCUUCUUUGAGUGUUUUCUUAACGCUUCUCAGCUCCAGGGGAUCCUUUAUGGCCUUUGAACAUUCUCCAAUAACAAAUAUGCUUAACAAAGCAAUAUUUCUAAAAGCACAGCCCACUGGUUUGGGGGGCUUUGAAGGAACCUGUGUGCAAAGGACUGAACCCGAGCGAGGCCUUUGGCAUGCUGAGCAUGUGCCUUGCCAACGAGCUAGGUUGACUUUAUUUCGAGGCUGGAUCUCACUAAGUUGCCCAGACUGGCUCUAUUUUUUUAUUAGUUUUUUUAUUAGAAUAUAUGAAUUAUACAUAAUGAUUGGUUCCAUUGUGAUAUUUUCAUGCAUGUAUGAAAUGCUGUGUAUGAAUGUGUAUGCAUGUGUGUAAACCAAUGACUUCAAUAGGGUUCUGUCCAGGAAUAUGGGAAAGGGACUAGUUUGCAGGAGAAUGGGCACCUUUACUGGUUACACCACUGGUUAUACCCCUCUAGUCCCCAACAACCAUUAACUGCUUAUUCAUCCCCGAGAGGGGAGGGGACUUGCAAGCAUUUCCUGUCCGUGACAGAAUGCUGAUGGGCCCGAUCUUGUAUGAGUGACCACAGCCUCUGGGAGUUCAAGAGAGCACUGGCCGCAUCAUAGCUGAGGACAGCAGUCCACAACGCUCCACCCCGUCCAUCAGCGCUUGCAUUCUUCCCCCAUCCCAUGACAUUUCUCAAGUCUUGCAGGGGGUGACAAAGAUGUGCCAUUUAAGGCUGAGCAUUCAGCAGCCACAUAUUCUCAGCACCUUGGCCAGUUAGAGGGCUGUGUAGUCGAGGCACUGUGACCACUGCUAAGAAGCCUCUCCAGUUACUGUUGGCAUCAGAACAAAUCUAUAAACACCAGCACGGAUAUGCUGAAGGCAUUUUGGCAGACAUACGAUGUCCGCUUCACAAAAACCAGCAGAAGAUUCCCCACCGGGGCCUGUCAUCUCUCCAGCCACGGGAUUUUGACUAGGUUUGCAAUCAAAGAUGUGGAUUCACUCCUAAGAAGCAGGCCUCACGUCCAGAAAGCUACUGAUUACCCCAUAACAGUCAUGCCGCUAUCACACCAUGGGUAUAACUUGCCUGGAAGGUAGCACCCGGGGUCCACAGUUGGGUCAUACCAUUUAUGACAAUUGUCUCCAGAAGCCUGCAGAGCACUUUAUAAACCAGCCAUUAGGGAAGAAGCUUCUGGCCAGGUCCCAAGCUUAAUGUUCUAUGUCCUGCAAACAGAGCAUGGUGUCUUCAGCAACAGGGUCUCUCCAUCUAGUUCUGGUGGGCAUCCAAACAGUAAUUGCAAUAGGCGAGGCUGGCCUUGAACUCUGUAACUCAGGCAAGCUUUGAACUUGCAAUCCUCCCGUUCAGCUUCCCAAGCAGCUGGAAUUCUAGUCCUGUAUCACCGCUUCUGAUUUUGUUUUGGUUGAAGAUCAGUAUUAUUUUUUCAAAAGCACUGUAACCAAAUGGUGGGAUUCCCCAGGUUAUCGCACAGCAAAUCAUAGUUUUAAAAAGGUUGAAACCUAUCUUAUUAAACUAACUGGAUGAUUGUUUUGGAAGCUUGAA